AUGGGUGUUUUCACAUAUGAGAAUGAUACCACUUCAACCGUGCCUCCUGCCAAGCUCUUCAAAGCUGUGGUGCAUGAUGCUGAUGUCAUCAUUCCAAAGGUUGUUGAUUCCAUCAAAACUGUUGAAAUCGUCGAAGGAAAUGGUGGCCCUGGAACUGUCAAGAAGAUCACUUUCGUUGAAGGAGGACAAACUUUGUACGUGUUGCACAAAAUUGAAGCCAUUGAUGAUGCAAAGUUUGAAUAUAAUUACAGUAUAGUUGGAGGUGUCGGUAUAUCAGACAUAGUUGAGAAGAUAUCAUUUGAGGCCAAAUUGGUUGAAGGUCCAAAUGGAGGAUCUGUUGGGAAGAUGACUGUCAAAUAUCACACCAAAGGAGACGCUAAGCCAAUUGAAAAGGAAGUUGAGGAAGGCAAAGCUAAGGGUGAUGCUGCUUUCAAGGCCAUUGAGGGUUACGUUUUGGCCAAUCCUAAUUACAACUGA